UCCAAUGUCAUAUGUAUCACUUUGACAUCGUGGAGCUCGCUAUCGACCGAACAAGAACGCUCGCGAGCUCAGAGCGUGAUCAUGUAGGCCUUGUCGUCUUCAAUGGAGACGACGAGAAGGGCGAGAAGGAUGUAGCGCCAUUGUUGGAGAUUGGGAUUGCGACGUCAGCAGCAAUUCGUGCAGGUCGUGGUGGAUAUGGCCGCCCGUAGCUGCUCUCCUGAGCCGCCGUUACCCGUACCGACUUCCCGGGGAUUUAGGAACGAGGAGGUGGGAGCGACAUCGACCGUCCACGGAAGCAAGAUCGACGGCCUCCAGGACAUCCGAGCAAGACCACAGAUGGAGAACGUGCCCGAAGGAACUGGUCGAGCAGGCGGGGAAUUCCAUCCGAACAAGUCCAUUUCGCACGUUCCCUGGAGCGCCGCGAUUCACGGCCGGCCGCCGCCCGCCGACCGCCGCGAGGCAAGAAAAGGAAAGAAUUUCCCCGGAAGAGAUGGUGUACGCGCCGCCGCCCGACGGCAUGGGCCUGGAGAUCGACCUCGACCUGGACCCGGAGGACCUCCACCCGACGGUGCCCCUGAAGAAGGUCCCCGCGGGGGACCUCUUCGAGGCGGCGCGCGCCGGCGACUGCGACCGCCUCGCCCUCCUCCUCGAGGCCGGCGCCAACGUCAACGCGCGCGACCGCUGGGACUCCGUCGCGCUCUACUACGCCUGCCUCGCCGGCCACGCCGACGCCGCGCGGAUGCUGCUCGAGGCCGGGGCCGUCUGCGCCGAGCGCACCUUCGACGGCGACCGCUGCCACUACGCCGCGCUCAACCUCGACCUCCGGAGGCUCCUCAAGUCGUUCGAGGCGCGGCCACCCCCGCUCGCGCCGCUGCCCGCCGCGCUCCGGGCCACCUUCCUCGCGUGCCCCGCCAACCGCGCCGCGUACCUCGAGAUGUUGCUCCAGGAGGGCGCCACCGCAGAAGCCGCUGCGCUAGCUGAGGCCGAAGGAUUUGGGCCAACAGAUGGUGCAUCAACUGGCAGUCUCUUCCCCCCAGAUAUUACAUUUUACGUGGAUGGAAAACCUAUUGAAGCUCAUCGGAUCAUCCUUUGUGCUCGAUCGCCCUUCUUUGAACAGAAAUUCGAGACAGACUGGAAAAACAGGAAGGAAGUGAGAUUUUCUAAUAAAAAAUUAUCUUUUGGUGCCUUGUACAACCUUAUCCAUUUCUUCUAUGCCGAUAGACUCGAGGCUCAAGUAGAUGAAAUGGAAAGUUUGUCACGCACUUGCAAAGUUUGCAAGUGUGAGGAGUUGCGUAAGUUAGUUGAGAAAGAAAUUCUGCAUCUUAGGUUUGCACUGUAUAAGUCAACAAGUAAGUUGGGUUUGGAAAAUGCACAGAGUCCGAGACGGUUCAUUUUACUCGGGCAGUCAUUGCCACGGGAAGAUCGCCUUCCAUCAGCAUUGCGGCGUGUUCUUCAGAAAUGUCUGGCUAAUUCAAGAGAAGAAAAUUUCAAAAAAACUGUAGCAAAUGAGAUGUGCAGAAACUGGAAGGAUGAUGAUCUUGCUGAUCUCACUGUAAAAGUAGAUGAUAGAGUCUUCCGUUGCCAUCAGGUGAUUUUGGCCUCAAGGUCGGAGUAUUUUAAAACCAGACUAUCUCGAACAGUGGAUUUUCUUGAAGGUAACAAUCGAGUGCAUGCAUCUCUGGGUCUCCCAUUUCUUGAGGAGCAUGACCUGAGUACAGAAGCAUUUGAAAAGAUGCUUGAAUACAUGUAUACUGACAAUCUGGAGCAUAUGGAUCCAGCCCAGGCUGAAGAACUAUUUGAUGUCGCAUCGAGAUACCUGCUGUUUCCCCUUAGGCGCGCUGUAGCUGAUUUACUGUUACCAAAUCUGGAACAUGUUUCACCUGCAGAGCUGUGCCAUUGGUUGAUCUUGUCAGACAUUUAUGGCGUUAUGAAAAUAAGGGAGUACUGCCUGGAUAUCAUUGCCUACAAUUUCGAGAUGUUUGCGGACAUAAGAGAGUUUAGGGCUUUGCUCUUGACACUCCCGCCGCCAUCUGCAAAUGAUGCACUACGAACGACUCGUCCCAGCCACCCCGGGGCUGCAGGGCACACUGACCAAGGCAAUAUUCUCGACGACUUGCGUGAGAAAUGGUUGGAAGCGGAGGCUGCUGAGCUGGACGAGAGAGAUCAGAGCGCAGCGCUGUUUGACCAGCGACUGGAGAUGCUCAUGCUCGUUGCGGAGCGGGAAGCCUGUGAUGAUGACAACGCUGCCCUCCGCUGAGAGAUGGAACUCUAUACCUUUCUUGUGUAGCUCUUCCUUUUGUAGUCUUCGCUGGAAGGGACUGAUGUGGUGUUUCUGAAUUACAUGUCUCCCCUUUGUUUUACAAUGGAUGCUUCUUACACUGGAAUGAAACCUUUUUGGAGCUUCAGCAUGUUUCUGA